UAUCUGCGCGUCGCAGGCUUGGCAACAUCAGGAUGAAAUUUCUAAUAUUAGCAGCAGUUUUAGCCUCUAUUGCUGUCCUUGUACUGGGCCAGAGUCACAACUAUCUGUGGGGCGCUAGAAGACCACGAGAUAUGCUGUUGUACCGCACUAAUGCAACCAAGACGUCAUCAUUUUUGAAAGUCAAGAGUAUGGAUUUAUAUUAUCCUGUAAAGGGGCAAAAAGGUCGCAAUAUUUCGACAAUCAACAUAGUAGAUCAAUACGUUAAUGGAAAAGGUGGUUAUGCCAGCUUAGUAGCUGGUGGUAUAGGUUAUAAUCACACCACAAUUCAUUUGAAAUCUCAACGCGGUAAUGGAUUCAACUUUAUGGUGGAAAUAUACGGUAUAUAAAUGAUAUACUUUAAUAUAUUUUUUCAGCACUUUUUGAUACUUAUAUAAAAAUAAAUGUAAAAUAUUGUGCAAAA